UGCUGUGGUAGCGCUCGGGCGCCAUGUUAGGACGAAGGGGAAGGAGGAGAAGCGCUUAAAGCGGCGGGAGCGGUGCGGGAGUGGGGUUGGACCCAGGGCUGAGGCAGGCCCCCCCCUCCCUCCCGCCUCAGUGGAUCAUGCCCAGGGCGGCAGCGGCGGCGGUUGCGGGGGGGAAGUGACUGGGCGGUGCCGGCGCAGGAGACGAUGCCGUUUCCAGUUACAACGCAGGGAUCACAACAAACACAGCCGCCACAGAAGCACUAUGGCAUUACCUCUCCUAUCAGCUUAGCAGCCCCCAAGGAGACUGACUGCCUCCUUACACAGAAACUCAUCGAGACUCUGAAGCCCUUUGGGGUGUUUGAAGAGGAAGAGGAACUGCAGCGCAGGAUUUUAAUUUUGGGCAAAUUAAAUAACCUGGUAAAAGAGUGGAUACGAGAAAUCAGUGAAAGCAAGAAUCUUCCACAAUCUGUAAUUGAAAAUGUUGGAGGAAAAAUUUUUACAUUUGGAUCUUACAGAUUAGGAGUACAUACAAAAGGUGCCGAUAUUGAUGCGUUGUGUGUUGCACCAAGACAUGUUGAUCGAAGUGACUUUUUCACCUCAUUCUAUGAUAAGUUGAAAUUACAGGAAGAAGUAAAAGAUUUAAGAGCUGUUGAAGAGGCAUUUGUACCAGUUAUCAAACUGUGUUUUGAUGGGAUAGAGAUUGAUAUUUUGUUUGCAAGAUUAGCACUGCAGACUAUUCCGGAAGACUUGGACUUACGAGAUGACAGUCUGCUUAAGAAUUUAGACAUAAGAUGCAUAAGAAGUCUUAACGGUUGCAGGGUAACCGAUGAAAUUUUACAUCUAGUACCAAACAUUGACAACUUCAGGUUAACUCUGAGAGCUAUCAAACUGUGGGCCAAACGCCACAACAUCUAUUCCAAUAUAUUAGGUUUCCUCGGUGGUGUUUCCUGGGCUAUGCUAGUAGCAAGAACUUGCCAGCUUUAUCCAAAUGCAAUAGCGUCAACUCUUGUACAUAAAUUUUUCUUGGUAUUUUCUAAAUGGGAAUGGCCAAAUCCAGUGCUAUUGAAACAGCCUGAAGAAUGCAAUCUUAAUUUGCCUGUAUGGGACCCAAGGGUAAACCCCAGUGAUAGGUACCAUCUUAUGCCUAUAAUUACACCAGCAUACCCACAACAGAACUCCACGUACAAUGUGUCCGUUUCAACACGGAUGGUCAUGGUUGAGGAGUUUAAACAAGGUCUUGCUAUCACAGAUGAAAUUUUGCUGAGUAAGGCAGAGUGGUCCAAACUUUUUGAAGCUCCAAACUUCUUUCAAAAGUACAAGCAUUAUAUUGUACUUCUAGCAAGUGCGCCAACAGAAAAACAGCGCCUAGAAUGGGUGGGCUUGGUGGAAUCAAAAAUCCGAAUCCUGGUUGGAAGUUUGGAGAAGAAUGAAUUUAUUACACUGGCUCAUGUGAAUCCCCAGUCAUUUCCAGCACCCAAAGAAAAUCCUGACAAGGAAGAAUUUCGCACGAUGUGGGUGAUUGGGUUAGUGUUUAAAAAAACAGAAAACUCUGAAAAUCUCAGUGUUGAUCUCACCUAUGAUAUUCAGUCUUUCACAGAUACAGUUUAUAGGCAAGCAAUAAACAGCAAGAUGUUUGAGGUGGACAUGAAAAUUGCUGCAAUGCAUGUAAAAAGAAAGCAACUCCAUCAACUACUACCUAAUCAUGUUCUUCAGAAAAAGAAAAAGCAUUCAACGGAAGGUGUCAGAUUGACACCUCUCAAUGACAGCAGCCUCGACUUGUCUAUGGACAGUGACAACAGCAUGUCUGUGCCUUCACCUACUAGUGCUAUGAAGACCAGUCCAUUGAACAGUUCUGGCAGCUCUCAGGGCAGAAACAGUCCUGCUCCAGCUGUAACAGCAGCAUCUGUGACCAACAUACAGGCUACUGAAGUUUCUGUGCCACAAGUAAAUUCCAGUGAAAGCUCAGGGGGUACAUCGAGUGAAAGCAUUCCUCAAACUGCCACACAGCCAGCCAUUUCACCACCACCAAAGCCUACGGUCUCCAGAGUUGUUUCUUCAACACGUCUGGUAAACCCACCACCUAGACCUUCAGGAAAUGCAGCAACAAAAAUACCUAAUCCUAUAGUAGGAGUCAAGAGGACAUCCUCACCUCAUAAAGAAGAGAGCCCCAAGAAAACCAAAACAGAAGAGGAUGAAACAAGCGAAGAUGCUAACUGUCUUGCUUUGAGUGGACAUGAUAAAACAGAAACAAAGGAACAACUUGAUACAGAGACAAGUACAACUCAAUCAGAAACUAUUCAGACAGCGGCUUCUCUGUUGGCCUCUCAGAAAACAUCCAGUACAGACCUUUCUGAUAUCCCUGCUCUCCCUGCAAAUCCUAUUCCUGUUAUCAAGAAUUCAAUAAAACUGAGAUUGAAUCGGUAAAAACAACCUCAGGGGUCCAUAAACAAUAUCUGCCAAC